UGCAUUUUCCCCAGGAAAAAAACUGAAAACCCAUAAUGCAACUGACACUGAUAAACUUCUUUAAGAAAACUGUGCCGGGCCACAUAUUCCGCGGGAAGCGCCGUCUGGUAAAGCCGGUUAGCAAGCAAGCCAUGGACACGCUCACCCGGGAAUACGAGCGACAGGAACACAUUAUGUUCCUGCUGCGGCAUCCCUACCUGACACUGGAGCAAUCAUCUGGGCAUGCCAAGGAACUGCAGAAACGCGAUAAGCUGGUUGCCAAGUGGACAGAUGACCAGACGAUGCGCAAAAUGAAGCCGCAUGUGACCAUCGAAGAGCGUCUGAACCACCUGAAGGUCAAAGAGACCUGGGACUAGCUUAAAAUCGACUUGUUUCAACCUCAAGAUGCAUUAAAUUAAUUAUAAAGUAAAUAUAGAUUAUGUGUAUGUGCAAA